AUGAGACGCCAAAACCAUUCCUGUGAUCAGUGCCGCAAGGCCAAGCGGGCGUGCGACGCCCCCUCCCUCCGUGAGUCCGUACGCCGCAGCCUGCUCGCCGACUCCGACAAGGGCGAUGCAUUGCUCGGCCAGGGUUCGAAUGCUAAUGGCGCAUCGAUGCCAGAGACAGAGUACCGUCCAUGCUCGUACUGCCUUAAGACCAGCAAGCACUGCACCCUGAACUGGGCGCGCUCACAGCUGCAGGCCUCACAAUCCGCGGCGGCCACCCGCACCGUCGAGCUCCGCCAGAAGAAGCGGCAUCGUGCAACGGACUCACAGCAAGCACAACCACAUACUGCCGCGGCUGCCACAUUCGCUUCGGCGCCGCCGGCCUCCUCAGCAGCACUGCCGACGGGACUGCCAUCAGCAUCCAUCUUCCCCUCGCCUCCGCAGUCAUCGACGUCGACUCUGCGCACAACAUCCGAAAUCGGCGAUAUCAGCGGUAUGCCGUCUUCCGUUCCACUGACGACAACGACGGCCAACGUCGAUAUGUCGGCAUUCUGGAGUACCGCCCAGCCGUCACCGUUCCAGGCCUUGACGAAUCCUCUGGACCCCUUUGUACCACUCCCUAACACACAUCAUCCGCAUCACCCGCAUCACCCGCAACAACAUCACAACUUCACCAACGACGUCAACGUAUCGACGAUUGGCUUUGACGCCGGUGUGAGCACGGACGGUACCGCUGGCCUGAUUGGUCUGCCCUUCAACGGCAUGCCUGCGACCACAACAGAGCUUGUCUCACGGCCUGCGUUCCACAACAUGGUGACGCCGGAUCCCACAGCGCUAUGGGGUGUGAUACCAGGCCAGACAAACCUCAAUGCCACCACCAGCCAGGCCAUGCUCGACCUGUCACCGCCCGAGGUCUUCUCCUCGGUCAAUGGCGAGGAGGAGGACGGUGCGUCGUCGUCUGUCAUCAACGACGGCUACUCCAUCCAGCACGGCUCGUCCUUUGCCCAGCCGCAAUACGGCGAGGUCGGCAUGCGUCGUGUGUCCUCAUACUCCCUGGUGUCGCCCACACCCAACCAAGUCGAGUUUAUGCUGGCCACGCGCAUGAACAACCACAGCAUCUCCGAGAACCUGCUGCAGAUCUACCACGAUGUGCUCGAGCACAAUCUCACCUGCUGGAUCACCGAGGAGACGUGUCCGUACAACGUCUGGGCCCGCCCACCCAAGCAAAAGCCCGUCAGGUCGCUCGCCAACGACUCCGCCAACGGCGACAUUCCCACAAUGGCUGUCGGCGGCCGCCGGACCUGGGCACCGCAGGCCAACUACAAACAGCAGUUUGGUCCCAAAUGGUCCAAUCGUAUCUACCGCCGCGUCACCAAGCUCGACAAGCUCGCGCAGCAGGUGGGCAUCAUGCGCCUGACCGCCGCGCAGAACCAAGCCAGCCAAAAGGCCCUGCACCUCGUCAUCAUGGCCUUUGCCACCCAAUGGGCCCAGGGCAGCCAGCGCCAGCGCGAGACCUAUGCGGCCGGCUUCGCCACGAUGAACUACGCCACCACCGAGGAGUUUGAUCGCAGCAUCCAGCGCUCCCUGUGGCAGCAGGCCCGCAUGGCCUUGCAGGAAUGCGCCGACAUCGAGUCGUACCGUGUCGUCUGUGCCGAGCUCAUCUUCAGCAUGACCCAGCGUCCCUGGGACGAGUAUGAAUUCGCCGAGCUCGAGAUCACCACCAGCAACGCCCAGUAUGGCAACGGCCCGCUGUCGGCCGGCGACGACGACGACGAUGUCGCCAACGACAGUGGCGCGGAGGCCCGCCGCCGUCGGGAGGCCAUCCUCGACAAGCUGAACGAGAUCAUCGACAAGGACGGACCGCCCAUUUUCAUCGAGCGCGCCGCCCGCAAGAUGCACGCGCUCAAGUUCAAGUUUGACAACCACGAGCUGGGUUUCUUGGGCGAGCAGCCGCCCGGCAGCAUGCCCAAGAACGACAGACGCAACGGCCGCUACACGCGCGACGUCACCGACACGUCGUCGCCCUACCUUGGCUCCGAGGAAAGCCAAACCGUCGGCCUGCUCUUCUGGCUGGCCGUCAUGUUCGACACCAUCUCCGCGUCGAUGACGGAGCGCCCCGUGGUCCUGGCCGACGAUGAGAGCCAACACGAGGCUGCCGAGCACGACAUAAUGUUCCCCAACAAGGAGGUUCGUCCAGAUGAGACGGGCGGUCCUGGUGGUACUGGUGAAAACGGCGACGGCAGCAACAUUGGUAUGGAGGACAUCCGGAACGCCAUGUACAGCAACGGCAGCGGAAAAGGCAAGGACGGCGACGGAACCGACCCGGCCAAUAUGGCGGCCAGCAGCAAGCCGGGCAAGAAGAACAACCGGUGGCGCAUCGACCUGUUCAUCCAGGACGACCCGGAGCGCAUGUCGCACUCGCCGUACCACUAUCCCUGUGCGUACGACGACGCGGCGAGCAUCAUCACGCGCGCGGCGCCGGUCAAGGUGCUGCUGUACCGCCAGGUGCUCUACCUGCAGAACAUGCUGCGCAAGCCGUACCUCACCAAGGGCCAGCCCAUCGAGGAGCUCAUCAGCGAGACGCUCAUGAUCUACCGCUACUGGAACCUCACGUACGGCGCCUUCUACCGCGAGCUGAUCCAGCACUACCCCACGGUGCCCACGCGCAUCCGCGGCUGGUUCGUGUGCAUCCUGGCCCACUGGCACCUCGCCGCGCUCAUGCUGGCCGACGUCAUGGCCGUGGUGGACGACAACCGCCUCGGCUUGGCGGCGUCGCGGGCGAUGCGGGAACAGGCCCACACCGUGGCCAGCAUCCGCCGCUCCAGCGCUCUGCAGCUCGCCGACGUCGCCCGCGUCGCCACGCCGCUGAUGCCCAACGCCGACGCGGACCCGAGCAUGCCCGACUUCCACCAUGCCGUGCGCGAGGGCACCAUCUUGACAGAGCCGUGGACCAUUCUGCUGAUCCGCGCCUUUUCCAAGGCCGCCACCGUCCACCUCCGGGAGGCGGACCUGCUGGGCCACGAAGGCGCGGCCUGCCGGGCAAGCCUGCGCCACUGCGAGGAGUGCAUCCAGGCGCUGUGGUACCUGGGCAAAAAGUCGGACAUGGCGCGCAAUGUGGCGGCCGUGCUGUUCCGCGCGAUGAAUGUGUGA